AUGGAAAGGAUGUUGCCAUAUGAAGAUCGCUUGAAAGCGAAUGUCCAACUGGAUUUAUAUGACCAUGCUAGGGGAAAUUUUGGACUCAGAGUGGCCAUUGAUACAAGGAAGUUGCGCUCUCCAGCUGAUUGGUGGGAGCGUUUUGGUGGAAAAACACCUGAAUUACAAAGCUUUGCUAUUUGUGUGCUUAGCCUCACUUGCAGCGUAUCAGGUUGUGAGAGAAAUUGGAGUACUUUUGAAGCGAUCCAUAUAAAAAAGAGGAAUAGGCUUGAUCAUCAAAGGUUAAAUGCCCUAGUAUAUGUUAUGUACAACACUAGGCUGCGUGAGCGAAGCAUCAGAAGAAAGCUAAAUAUUGACCCAAUUCUUGUGGAGGAAAUUGAAUCUGAUGAUGAGUGGAUAGCAGAAAAAGAAGAUCAUGUCCUUCCAGUAGACACUAGUUGGAUUGAUGAUGAACAAUUGUUCAAUGUGGAUGCUAUUAGGAGUCUCUCUGUUGCUGCUACUGUUAUUUCUGGUGAGGAAUCUUCAAAUCCUCCACCAUCUAUUAGGAGAGAGUCGAGGGACACUGUUGCUGCUCAGCCUGCUCGUGAUGAAUCGUCUACUGCAACGAGAAAUUCAGGUGGAAAUGGAGAUGAUAGACGCAAAAAUGAAGCACCAAGAGUGGUACUUGUUGAAGAAGAUUAUGGGAAUGAUGUGCUUGCACCAAGCACAAACAUGGAUAAUGUGUUUAUUUUUCCAAAUGAUGGACUUGGUGUUGACUCUCUUGGUGAUGGGAGUGGCAAUGCCUCCAAUCCUAAUAUUGAUGAUGAUGAUGAUGAAUUUAUGGAUGAAGAGAAUGAUGAUGAUUUGGAUGAGAAUUACCACUUUUAA